AUGAAGUGCGUCCAGUUCUCAUUGCUCCUUGUUGGACUCCUGGCAGCUCCGGCUGUUUGGGGCCGAGUGCCUCCCUAUGUGGAUGUGGAAGUUCCCCCCGUAGUCGAUGUGUUUGACGGGGUUAUUGCGGGACCCCCCCAUCCGGUGGGUCGUGCUGGAGCCUGCAGCGUAGCUAUUCGCGGUGGCCUUCCCAGCCCCCAGCCCGUUUACCUGAAGACCGACUCCGAGGAGUUCUAUCCCUUCUCCGAUGUGGGUGUCAUGGAAUUCGAAUCGGGUGGCUCUUUCCAGUUGUGGUGUCCCUCCGGAUUUAACACCCAUUCCCAGAAUCUGCUCACGGCCAGCUGUGUGAGCGGCACCACCUUCAAGGUGGAUGGCUCGAACUACGAAUUCAAGGAUCUCUACUGCAAGUCCUGGCCGGGUUUCAAGGCUGUGAAAUCGGGAGCCACUUGCAACGGUGGUGUUGUGAUUCGUGUUGGUUUCGAGAUCACCUCGUCGCGAUUCGCCGAGCAAAUGCAGAUCUGUUUCAACGAGGAGGAGGAGGUGACCCGCUAUACGCGCCACCAGUUGGUGCCAGGCAGCAACUACUACGAGACGGGAGUGGCCAGGAUCACUUUCCAGACCGCUGGAUACUUUGAUGGCAAGAACGUGGAUAAGCUGUACACUCAGGCCACCCAACUGGAGACCAUCAACAAUGAUCUGGGCGGUGAUGCCGAGAAGUACUUCGAUUCGGCCAGCAAUGUCUACCUGGCCCGAGGUCACCUGGGCGCCAAGGCUGACUUUGAUUACGCCCCCGAGCAGAGGGCCACCUUCCUGUUCAUCAAUGCCGCUCCCCAGUGGCAAACCUUUAACGCCGGAAACUGGGCUCGUGUGGAGGAUGGUCUUAGGGCCUGGGUCUCCAAGAACAAGAUGAACGUGAACUGCUACACUGGAGUCUACGGAGUGACCACUUUGCCCAACAAGCAGGGCGUAGAGACUCCCUUGUACCUGGCCAAGGAUGGCAACAACAACGGUCUCAUCCCUGUGCCCAAGCUCUACUUCCGCGUGGUCAUCGAGCCCUCAACCCACAAGGGCAUCGUGUUCGUUGGUGUCAACAAUCCCCAUCUCACCGAGGAGCAGAUCAAGCGGGACUACGUCAUCUGCUCGGAUGUCAGCGACCAGGUGACUUACAUCAACUGGAAGAAGACGGACAUCAAGACCGGCUACUCUUACGCCUGUGAAGUGUCCGACUUCCUCAAGACCGUCAAGAACUUGCCCGCUCUGACCGCCAAGGGUGGCCUCUUGGUCUAAAAAAGAUAAUUUUUAAUGAAAUAAAAACCUGCGAAACUGUUCAUA